UGUCAGGGGUGGGAUAUACUAUAUAUUAUACGGUCCCAUUUUGGAAAUGAGAAAGGGGCGACAGCAAAGAGAGAUUGGAAUGUUUUUCUUUCAAAUUGUCGACAUUCAUUGGUGAAUAAUUCGUCAUUUCUCUUCAUGCUCACUAGCCGAUGGCAACAGUCCGCGAAAUGUCCAGUAUGUACACGUAAGGAGGGCUACCAUAUUGAACUCACAGGGACUCAACUCCUGCUAAUUCUGCGCGCACUGAUAUUCUUUAAAAUGUUCAUCUGAUUAUCUGUCUGUCAGAUAUAAAUUAUAAUUCUACGAUUUAUUUUCUGUUAUUAUAUACGAGGUUUCAAAUGUAUUAAAAUAAAGGGGAGGGAGAUGAACGAGUCGACUGCCUCUUGAAAAAGAACUAGUCAAAUGUGAGGUUUAUCCUACCUCGUCCUGCGUACCUGCACUGGAUCUCUCUCACUGACUGGCAACUUGAGACCACUGGGAACAUAACGUUUUUCAUCUCGGGAGACUAAAAAGUAUAAUGAACAUGGGGAAAGUGGAUUUAAAAAUCCUCUGUGUUUUAUUUUUCUUCGUAAUCUCAGUGGGAUUUUCAGAGGAAUACGGAGCACGCCUGGGAGCAAAAGAAAUACCAAUACAGAGAGUGAGACGCCAGAGCAAACCAGCAAAACCGUUGCUGAAGGUGACAGACUACCAUGUGAGGUGUUCUGUCAUGUCUCGCUACUCCCACACCACCAUCCAGAGCUCUGUGUGGAACCAGCUAUCUGUCACCAAGGAGGCAGCCUUUGAGGUGGACCUGCCCUCAGCAGCAUUCAUCUCCAACUUCACAAUCACCUCCAAUGGCAAAGUGCACAUCGCCCAGGUGAAGGAGAGGAGUGUGGCCAGGAAGAUCUAUGACGCAGCCAAGAAGCAAGGGAAAACAGCUGGACUCGUUGCCACCAAGGAGAGGGAGAUCGAGAAGUUCCGCAUGGCGGUGAGUGUUCCCUCAGGGAGCCGGAUUUCCUUCUCGCUGUCCUACGAGGAGCUGCUGCCCCGCAGGUUGGGUCGCUAUGAACUGAUCCUGGGCCUGAGGCCUGGAGGACUGGUCACUAAUCUCACCCUGGAUGUCAGCAUAGCAGAGAGGACGGGACUCCGCUUCGUCAAGGUCCUCCCGCUGAAGUCCAGCCGACGGCUCUCCAACACUGUCACAGGUGAGACAGAAGCCCCAGCCUCCACUGAGAUCCAGCAGAACCCUUGUUGUGCCCGUGUUCAUUACAACCCCAGCCUGCAGCAGCAGAGCAGUGUCACCUCGAAGGGACUCAACGCUGACUACAUCAUCCAGUACGAUGUAGAGCUCAGCGACCUCAUGGGAGACAUCCAGGUGUUUGAUGGAUACUUUGCCCACUACUUUGCACCUCGGGGGCUUCCUGUGGUCCCCAAGGAUGUCAUCUUUGUCAUUGAUGUCAGUGGCUCCAUGAUUGGCACCAAGAUCAAACAGACAAAGCAGGCAAUGUCCACUAUCCUGGGAGAUCUUCGUGAAGGGGACCACUUCAACAUCAUCACCUUCUCAGACAAGGUCCUCACCUGGAAGAAGGGUCGCACAGUGAGGGCCACGCGGAAUAACGUACGAGACGCUAAGGAAUUUGUCAAGAGGAUCAUCGCUGAGGGAUGGACCAACAUCAACGCGGCCCUCCUCUCAGCCGCCCAACUGGUCAACCCCUCUGCCUCUUCCUCGUCCUCUUCCGGUGGCUUCCGUCGGGUCCCUUUGGUCAUCUUCUUGACGGACGGUGAAGCUACCAUCGGCGUGACGUCCGGCGAAUCUAUCCUUAGCAACGCUAAGAGCGCUCUGGGUUCCGCCUCUCUGUUUGGCCUGGCCUUCGGAGACGACGCCGACUUCCCCUUGCUGCGGCGCCUGGCACUGGACAACCGUGGCAUGGCGAGGAUGGUGUACGAGGACACAGACGCCGCACUCCAGUUGAAGGGAUUCUACGAUGAGGUAGCCAGCCCGCUACUGUCAGACAUCCAGCUGACCUACUUGGACGACCAGGCCUUCGACGUCACCCGCUCCCUCUUCCCUAACUACUUCCAGGGCUCAGAGCUGGUGGUCACUGGGAAGGUCAAGCCAGGGGUCAGGAAUCUGAAGGUGUCUCUGACAGCCAGUGACUCUAAGCAGAAAGUGAAGAUCGAGAACGACGUGUUGGUGUCUAAAGGAGAGGAGAAUGGGACAGCCUACUCCAUGGGCUGCCCUGGGGGCAUGGGUGGGAUCUCCAGCUUCGUACGUCGUCUCUGGGCUUACUUCACGAUCAAAGAGCUGCUGCUGGCCAAACUGAACAGCACCGACCUGGUCAUGCAGAAACUGCUGGGCGAGAAGGCAACCAACCUCUCCCUCAAGUUCAACUUUGUCACGCCUGUUACUUCCCUUGUUGUAGUCAAGCCUGAUGCAGAUGAAAUUCCUACCACAGUGUCAACUACGACAGCUCAACCCGCCACCACAACUACCACCAAGCCCACCAACACCACUAGUAGAGCUACUACAACAACCACAGUUGCCCACACUACUGCCACCGAAAUAGCCUCCCCCAUCCCUGUGAAAAAGCCCAGGAGUAACGAAGCUAAGCCAGACCCUCUUGUCACCAAGCAUCCACCUCCCCAACCUCCACCUCAACCCAGAAAGGCCUCCACCCCACCCAGCGUGGCAAAAACAGUGGCUCCACCAUCCCCCAAGAAAACCACUAAGACUAGCUCCCCCAGCCCCAGUGCCGCCAAAACCGUCCAUGCCCCUCUCUCGGGAAAAAACCCCACCCCUCCUCCCAGCUCUCCUAAAACUGCCCCUGCCCCUCCCGCCAGGAUAUUCUCUACCCCCCUGGCCAACUCGCUCAAAACAGCUGCCGCACCUGCACCUGGGAAAACCACAACCACCCCUCCACCCAACAUAGUAAAGACCGUCCCUACCACAUCACCCACCACAGUUAAGACUACAGUCCCUACAACUGUGAAAACCACUACCUCCACUACCACCCCCACCUCAGUCAGAACCGAUCCAACCCCUGCUCUACAGCCUUGGAAACCCGCCACGCCCCUUCCCAUCUCUGUUAGAACAGUCCUCCCUCCAGUUAGAAUACCCCUCUCCUCCUCCUCUUCAGAGAAUGCCACCAUGUCUGCCACUGACGCCCAUCCACCUCAGGUUACCACAUUCCUGUACAGUGUUCUGUCCGUCGCCCCUACUCCAGCACCACAGGGCCGUAACACAGACCCAGUCUCAGAUGUGGACCAGAUUGCCACCUUUGUCUCUGCCACAUUUGCCCCCAUGCCAGGCAUCACAGACGGGCCUAAACUGUGGGAGGCUGCAGGACUACUGGAUGUCUCCACAUCCAUCCAGAUCCAUAGAAAAGAUAUGGACCGAGAUAAAGAUUAUGAUGCAACCUACGACCAAGACUACGACCUCAACUAUGAUUCCUGGGAUGAAUCAGCAUCAAAUCUUUUGCCAGGCCCCACCUCCAGACUGAGUUCUGUCAGAGUCUUCUCCUCUUCUGUUGAUGGAGACCCUCAUUUUAUGGUCCAGCUCCCCAAACUGAAACAGAAUCUGUGUUUCACGGUGGACGGCAGGGCCAACGACGUACUGAGACUGCUGGAAGACCCAGAGAGAGGUAUCACGGUGGACGGCCAUCUCAUGUGGGCUCCGUCCAAGCAAGACGUAGAGGACCGCUCCCGCACUUACUUUGACAAGAUAACCAUCUCCACUGCCAUGGGCGGGCGCGGCGGGCUGGGUGGCAUAGUGAUCACACUCUCAUUGGACGCCGUGGUGGUGGAAGGGGAGGGACGGGACACCCUACCCACUAAUCUGCAGGGAUCUGUAACGAGGCAGGGCGUGGCGGUAUCUGUGGACACCACAGAUGACAUCCAUCAGAGCUGUCGGAUCGAGCUGGCGAAGGAUAUUUGUUUCCUGGUUCUGUUCCACCACUACAAACAGCCCAGCUACCUGCAGAUGGCGCACCUCGGGUUCUAUAUCACUGAUGGACAAGGCCUCUCUCCUUCAACCCAAGGCCUACUGGGCCAGUUCCAGCAUGCGGACAUGAGUGUGACGCCGGUGAAGGACCCUAGUGACACACCGCCCCAGCCUAGUAAAGAGGGGGUCCUGUCCAGGGGGGUGCUGAGGUGGGGGGCGAUUCACGUACCCAUCACCCUACAGGACAAGACCCUGAAGGACACAGUGAGGAAACGUCACCUGGGCAGGUGUUGGGUCGUGCCCAAGGCACAGGUGGAGAAACUGUUGGGUCAUCCAUACCAGAGCUACCUGGUGGAUAACAUGUAAAUACUAUUUUCAAAUGUCCAUCCAGUAUUAGCACUCCACUUAGAAUACACAUGCCUAGUACAUUGCUUCAUACUAAGUGGUAUGCUAGUAUAGAGAUUGGAACCGAGCCACUCAUCUAGCUACCAACACCUCAAAGCUGGGCAGCUCAGGCCAAUGGGAAAAUACAGUGUCUCUGCAAGGACAAACAGCACUGUGACUAGUGUGCUGCUGGCUAGCCUUCAAUACCAACAUGACAUAGUGGGUUAUUACUCUCUCUCCUCUGAAAGUGUGCAUGAAUUCAUGUUCAUGAUUAUGAAAAUGAGAGAGAGACAGAGAGAGGGACACAAAGAGAGACAGAUACAAAGACAAAAGAGCGAGAGAAAUAGAGAGAGAGAGACAGAGAUUGAGUCCAGUAAGAAAUCUAAAGAAUGAUGAGGUAAUUCUCAUAGGUGUCCGACAUGGAAAGAUAAUAUAGGAGAUGGGAUGAGGUCAUUGCACCAGUGUCUUUCUGAAAUAACAACAGGGGACAGACUUCUUCUGCUGUUAACGUGGCAACAGUUAGAUAUGUUAAUUGUCUCUAUACCUCUGCAGACAAAUGCUGCUUGAUCUUGACAUACAGCUAAAUCCAAACUCUCAUUCGCAAAAAAUCAUAUGCUUCAUAAGGACAAUUUAUAAUUCCAAUGUUAUAACAAAUAUAUGAAUAGAUAAUUUGAUUUUUUUAGCAAUGUGUCAUUUUAUAUAGAGGGUCAGAGUUGUAUUUUAAUUGUUUCAGUUUUAUUGUGAAGUAUAAGUUAUAAAAGGACUAAAUCUUAUUUUAAAAAAUUGUCUAUGGAACUCGUCUAUCGGAGUAGUUUUACACAAAAUCAUUCACUUCUGUUGAAACACAGACACUUUGGAUUUCACUUUUCAGGUUUUGCCAUGUGCUUUUAUUAUUUUUUUCUAUAAUUUCGUUCAUAAGUUUCAUUUUAUUUGUUUGUUACACAAUACAUUAUUAGGCAUUGUUCACAUACUAGUGAUCAAACAAAGGACUGUGAGUUGUCUGCUACUCAGACUGACCGAUGUUUUCGUCAAUGUCAAGGGAUAUCAUCGAUAUAACAUUUGUCAAAGGCAAAAACUCUUAAAUUAAUACAGUACAACCACAUUGUAGGCAUUUGUUUUGUUUUUUUUAAGAAAAAAAAGAGAAGAAAACAUCUGGUGGUGAGGAAGGGGAAAAAGGUUCAAAUAUAACUAGAUAAGCUUGCAGAGUAAACUUAACACUAUUCCAGUAAUCACCAAGAUAACAUGAUUCCAGAAUGAAAUUCACACAAAGUGUAAACUGUGCACAGUCUUCAGACAUGUGUCUGAAAGGUUAAAAGCGUGAAAUGGACCCGAUGAUCGAGGGCCAGAGACUGUUGCUAUCGUCCUACUGUUAUCCAUCCCAACCUGUUAUCAGACCUGUUAAUAAUGCUUAACCCACGUAACACUAAUAAUAACCACUAAAUCAGGUGAAACAUGACACAGUAAACGACAACAAAGCAAAAACAAGUGACAUCUGCAUAUAUGCAUCCCUCUCAGAUCAGUUCCGUUAUGAUAAUAUAACAAAUUAAUCGCAGAGAAGCAGAGUCAGCGUUUCACUUAAACCUUCCACCACAAGAACACGUUGAAUAAGUGAAAUGAAAUAAAUAAAAAAUACCAUUAUAAUAAUAAGACACAUAAAGCCACCCCGAACUUGUGAUAACUGCGUCGUUUAGAGAUAUAGUUAUGGAGGGACUACAGGAAGGGAGAGGCAAUCGUUCACACUAGCUUCCACCGUGUUACUGUCAUCAUAUGUUUGAAGGGUAAGGUUUGCCGCCCACCAUUUGAUAUGUACUGUACUGUAAAUAAGUAACCACGCCGCUGAUCCACACCUCAAGACAAUGUCACACAUGGAAACAUAGAUGAAGAAAAACACCGCUAACUCCAAAGGAUCAGACAGAAUGGCGGUUAAGGGAAGCUACAAUGGGGGGAGACUGACGUAGGAGCACAGCCAAGUCCACAGGACCACUGGAGUUAUUAUACCAUGUGAAUAGAUGGACUGGAAUUCUAAAGAUUCUAUCUCUAUGUAACAAUGUGUGGGUAGUAGUUAGUGGAAAUACAAUGUGCACAGUUAGCAGUCAUGAAAUACACAGGACAUUUGCUGCAUCAAGUCAAUCAACUGACAUCAAUUAUCGCUCGAAGGACAGGAAUAAUCGGCAGAUUACAUUGUUUUUAAAUAGAAUGAAAUGAUCGCAUUUUUAGAGAACCCGAACAUAUUGAAUAAGACCCCAAAUUAAGGCUAAAACCAAGUAAAAGCAUAUUGGUUCAUACUCUGGGGAGGCACUUUAUACCAUGGCCUCAGGACGUUUUGUAAUACUGCAUCCUGUUAAGUGUUUUACAUUUUGGGAGUGUCAGUUUUUUCCCUCCACUAGCCACUGUAAGGUUGCCUGGCAGGAGUUCAAAGGGAAUUAGUCGCUCUGUGUGACAUAUGCAACAAGGGUUAGUUUGAUCAUAACAUGAUCUGGUGCUUCCUUUCACGACAAGCCGAGAGUUCAGUCUGCCGUCUUUAACACAAAAGUGACACUUUCCUGAUCUCAAGUCUGCGACAUUCCCGAGCUACAUUGGUUCUUAUCACCUUCCUCGCAUCUCAACGUGUCGUGAUCUGAUCGGACCUCCCUUUUUUGAUUAAAACACUCUCAUUCCAUGACAAACUCUUCCAUACUUACUCAUAAAACCUCACCAACAUGCCUAACCUCCGGACAGACCCUCACAGUUAAAUCUCUCGCUUUUCUGCACCACAAUUGACCUUUUUUCACUGUUUGACCUCAAAGUCCACUUCGGAGUAUCCGUCCAUGUUUCCGUUUCAAAUUCAGUAAACUUCAUAACUUCAGCAAGUGAAAAUGUGCCCCAAAUAUUACGAAAUAAAACUCAUAAUGGUGUAAAUACAAAGGUAAA